CAUAUAUAUACGUUAUCGAAUACCGACACAGUAUUAAGAGGAAUGUGAGUAAGCCACAACACAUUAUUUUUCUGUGUAUCCAGUCAUAAAGUGUCGAAAGAAACUCGUCGUUGAAAUUUUCAGGAAUCGAGACUUCAGUAAUAAAUAAAUUCUGAAAAAUGUUUCGCCUUUUUGUGGUAGUGACGGUACUUUUUAUGACGACUGAUGCGCAAUUGCACAGGAUUUCAAUGCACAAGACGGAUCCUAUUUCCAUUCUACAAUCUAUGAAAACAGUUGGCACCGAUUUGGAACAAAAAUAUAGGUUUCUUCCGAUAAAUAAUUUUCCUUUAAUACCUUUGUAUAAUUAUCUAAAUCUAAAGUAUUAUGGCUUUAUUGAGAUUGGAACUCCGCCGCAAGAAUUUAGAGUGAUAUUGGAUACUGGUUCCGCAAAUUUUUGGGUAUUCUCCAAAAAUUGUACAAUUCCUAUUUGUUUUAAACGUAGUCGAUAUUAUAGUAACGAAUCUUACACAUAUAUACCAAAUAAUACUCCAUUUCAUAUACGAUACCUCGAUUACAAUGUAACAGGAUUCCUAUCUACUGAUACAGUGACUGUUGCCGAUUUCGAUAUAAAGAAUCAAACAUUUGCAGAAGCGGUACACAUAUCAAAUGACGAUGUGUUUUCUGAUAGAACAUUUGAUGGUAUCUUGGGCCUGGGUUAUUCCAAUCUAUCUGUAAAAGGAGUAACACCUCUCUUCGACAACAUGAUUGAACAAGGUCUAGUGUCAUCACCUAUUUUCAGUGUUUAUCUCCAUAGAGAUGUUUCAGAGGAGAAUGGUGGUGUACUGAUAUUAGGUGGUUCCGAUCCUGCUUUUUACGAAGGCAAUUUGACAUAUAUACCUGUUACUCGCAAAGGAUAUUGGCAAUUUACCAUAGAUGAGAUCAAAAUAGACUACAUUAAUCUGUGCAUUGAAAGCUGUCAAGCUAUCGCUGAUACAGGUACUCCAUGGAUAAUUGGACCAAUAUCAGAAAUCAAUCGUAUUAAUAAUUUUAUUGAAGUUUUUAAUGAUGAUGGAUAUGAAACAGUAGACUGCGACCGAAUUUCUGAAUUGCCUACAAUCAGUUUUAUUUUGGAUGGUAAGGCAUUCGAUCUUACCGGCACAGAUUAUAUCAUUCAGUACAAGCUAGAGGACGGUACUAAAUUGUGUGUAAGCACCUUUGUUGGAUGUCACAUCCCUGGGAUAAAUUGGAUUCUAGGCGAUCCAUUUAUUGGCCGUUUUUACACCGAGUUUGAUAUGAAGAAUGAUCGAGUGGGAUUUGCUUUGGCAAAAAAUUUCUCGAAAUAUACAGAAAAUUUUCUCUUGUCACAUAUUAUUCUGUAUUUUAUAUUGUUUUUCUGUAUGUUCUCGGAUGUGCUUCUAAUACGCGUGAUCGUACAUAUAGCCGCCACUGCUCAUCGAUAA